CAGAGUCGACGCGGUGGCGGCCGCCGCCGCGUCGCGAUGGUUCGCGCCGAGGCGAAGGAUAUCACGUUUGACAUGAGUUCUCGACGCAAGAUUCAAGCUGGAAUCGAUAAAUUGGCGGAUGCGGUCGGGGUGACGCUCGGUCCUCGCGGGAGAAACGUGGUGCUCGAGGAAAAGUUUGGGAUGCCGCAAGUGAUUAACGACGGAGUGACCAUUGCGCGCGCCAUCGAAUUACCGGAUCCGGUGGAGAACGCCGGUGCGCAGCUCAUCAAGGAAGUCGCAGGGCGAACGAAUGACUCUGCAGGCGAUGGCACGACGACUGCGUCCGUGCUCGCGCGUGAGAUGAUCAAGUACGGCUUGCAAUCUGUCGCCGCGGGCGCCAACCCGGUGACGGUGAAGCGCGGCAUCGACAAGACGUCUGAAUUCUGCCGUCAAAAGCUCGACGAGCUCACGAUUCCGGUGCGCAACCAGCAAGAUAUCCGUGCCGUCGCUUCCAUCUCCGCGGGUAACGAUGUCUCCAUCGGUGACAUGAUUGCCGAAGCCAUCGAAAAGGUUGGCCCGGAUGGCGUCUUGUCCAUCGAAAACGGCACCGGUUUGGAAACCGUUGUCGAAGUCGAGGAGGGCAUGGAAAUCGAUCGCGGUUACAUUUCUCCGCAAUUCGUCAACGACGACGAACGCUUGAUGGUUGAAUUUGAAGGCUGUCGCGUUUUGAUCACGGACGAGAAGAUUGAACAAGUUCAAGUGCUCGUGCCACUUUUGGAAGAGGUGUCCCAAGCGGGGUCCCCGCCGCUCUUGAUCAUCGCCGAAGACAUCACGGGCGAAGCGCUCGCCACUUUGGUGGUCAACAAGAUGCGCGGCGUGCUUAAGGUGGCCGCCAUCAAGGCGCCGGGUUUCGGUGAGCGUCGUAAGGCCUUGUUGCAAGACAUCGCCAUCGUCACUGGCGCUCAAUACAUCGCCAAGGAUCUCGGUCUCAGCGUCGCGCGCGCGAACAUGGACUGCCUCGGCUACGCCCGUAAGGUUUCCAUCGCGCAAACGACGACCACCAUGAUUGCUGAUGGUGCGUCCAAGGAAGACAUCGACCUUCGCGUGGCUCAACUCAAGCAAGAGCUCGCGGAGACGGAUUCCGUGUACGAUACCCAAAAGCUUUCCGAACGCAUCGCCAAGCUCGCCGGUGGUGUUGCCGUCAUUAAGGUUGGCGCCGCGACCGAAACUGAAUUAGAAGAACGCAAGCUUCGUAUUGAAGAUGCCAAGAACGCCACUUUUGCCGCGGUCGAGGAAGGCAUCGUCCCGGGUGGUGGCGCCGCUUUGGUGCACUUGAGCAAGAUGAUCGACGAAUUCAAGCCGACCCUCACUAACGCCGAGGAACGCUUGGGCGCGGAAAUCGUUCAAAAGGCGCUUCUGGCUCCGUGCAGACUCAUCGGCAACAACGCUGGCGCGGAAGGUGAUGUGAUUGUGCAACACGUCAUGGAUGGCGAAUUCAACUUUGGUUACGACGCCAUGACUGGCGAGUACGGUGACUUGAUUGAUAAGGGCGUUCUCGACCCGAAGAAGGUCACCCGCUCUGGCGUGCAAAACUCUUGUUCCAUCGCGGGUAUGGUGCUCACGACGCAAGCGGUCAUCACUGAAAUCCCUAAGAAGAAGACGAAGGCUGCCGGCGGCGCGGCCGCGCCCGAUCCCGAAGCGUUCUCCUUGUAA